UUGCGACAUCUACCCCAAAACGUCAAUCGUCGGCUAGGUGAAGUCAUUUAACAAGGUAAUAAAACAAGCUAGAAAGGUGAAAAACAUAAUAUAAGUUUAUUAAAACCAUCAUCCAAACGAUAACGAGUGCGGUGGUGGUUGUACAGACCGUAACCAAGCAGUGUACAGUGAAACAAUAAAGCCAUCCCCGAGACACCGACCGACACAGGAAUCGAUUGCUUGCUCACGGGCGAUGCGCUUUCCACACAAGGCAUCUAUCAACAAUCUGCCGUGAACAUUCUGUCUGUGACUGGUCUUCUCCUGCUCUAUCAGCCACCGCCACAUCCGGGCACAAAGACGCUCCUUUCCCCGCAGGUUUCGGUGUCAUCCAUCAUACAUUCAGCCCGAAACCGUGUUGUGUUCUUUGCGACCGUCCCGUGCCGUGCGUGUGUGUGUGUGUGUACCAAUCACGAUCAAAACAAUAGAAUGAGUCAAGGGGAAAAUCAAACAAUCAAACAAAUUUUACAUUAAUCAUCAACGCAGACGGAAAGUUGUUUGCUUAGCCGAGUGACAAUCUUCCCUCCGGCACUGCCGUUCGGUUGGUUUCGGUGGGUGGGUUGAACCGCGUCCCGAGCGACGGCUGGCAUGCCCUUGCCCGCGCUGGUGCGCAAUAUGUGCCGUGCAACAGCAAACACCGGAACUAUUGGCGUUUGUUUUCACAAGUAACACAUUUGCUCGUUACGGGUGUUAAAGGUUCUCUCAACAGACACACCAACCGGUUGUUCCCGCCCGCCUCACCUAGCCUCUCAACGCCUCACGGGGUACGCUUGCCGCCUGACGCUGGUACCGAGCGUUGGCAUCACCGCAUGCGUCAGCACAGCUAGCCGCCUUCGCCGCCGUUGCGUUUGCUAUACCCGUGCGAACCAGUAAACCCACCCGUGUGCCUACCCGCCCAUUGCUGGUAUUGCGAUAUUUAUGGUGCUUCGAACCCAAGUUCGAACCGAUCGUAAAAACCGAUAUAAAUAGUACGCUGCCGGGGACGAAACGGUAGUGGAGGCCGGGAAUAACCGGACACCGGACAGUACCGUACGCUGCCGUAGCUCCCCGCCGGGUGCGGCGAGCGUUGCCAGCACGAGUGUAGCUGCUGCACCGGUUACGUCCGGGUCCGGAUUUGUGGCACCGAAGGUGACGCGAACGGCGGGAAUAGCCGACGAAACAGGCGACCAAACGCGCCGGCAAACGCAAACCGAGCAACGGUUACGGCCCGGCACGCUACGCACCAUGUCCGGCACGACAGGGAAGCGCAAGGAGAUCUACAAAUAUCUCGCCCCAUGGCCGCUCUACUCGAUGAACUGGUCCGUGCGGCCGGACAAACGGUUCCGGCUCGCGCUCGGCAGCUUCGUCGAGGAGUACAACAACAAGGUGCAGAUCAUCAGCCUCGACGAGGAUACCAGCGAGUUCAGUGCUAAAAGCACCUUCGACCAUCCCUAUCCAACCACGAAGAUCAUGUGGAUUCCGGACUCGAAGGGCGUGUAUCCGGAUCUGCUCGCCACCAGCGGCGACUAUUUGCGGCUGUGGCGUGCCGGCGAACCUGACACACGGCUCGAGUGCGUGCUGAACAACAACAAAAACAGCGACUUCUGUGCACCGCUUACCUCGUUCGACUGGAACGAGGUGGACCUAAAUCUCGUCGGCACAUCCUCGAUCGAUACGACCUGCACGAUCUGGGGCCUGGAAACGAGUCAACCGCUCGGGCGCGUCAAUCUCGUGUCCGGCCACGUCAAAACGCAACUGAUCGCCCACGACAAGGAGGUGUACGAUAUAGCGUUUUCGCGUGCGGGCGGUGGUCGCGACAUGUUCGCGUCGGUCGGUGCGGACGGUAGCGUGCGCAUGUUCGAUCUGCGCCAUCUCGAACACUCCACCAUCAUCUACGAGGAUCCGGCCCACACGCCGCUGCUGCGGUUGGCGUGGAACAAGCAGGACCCGAACUAUCUCGCGACCGUCGCGAUGGAUAGCUGCGAGGUGAUCAUACUGGACGUGCGCGUACCGUGCACACCGGUCGCCCGGCUCAGCAAUCACCGUGCGUGCGUGAACGGUAUUGCGUGGGCACCGCACAGCUCCUGCCACAUCUGUACGGCGGGCGACGACCAUCAGGCACUGAUCUGGGACAUCCAGCAGAUGCCGCGGCCUAUCGAAGAUCCGAUCCUCGCGUACACCGCGGCCGAGGGUGAGGUGAACCAGAUACAGUGGGGCGCCACGCAACCGGACUGGAUUGCCAUCUGCUACAAGACGGCGUGCGAAAUUUUGCGCGUCUAAGCGUGGUAAACGGUUCUGCACGGGGGCAUCCUGUGUGCACACCUGGGACCGCCCCGUCAUACAUUGAGUAACGUUAGGUUAUUUUACUUUCUUGAACUUCAGUUGUAUAAGUUCAAGACGGUUGUACAUUUUUUAGGUAGAAAGCGAAAAUGAUGCGUUUAGCCCAUUUUUAUAUACCUUUUUUUUUUUUUGGUUUCUUUAAUCGAAAGCUUUUUGAUGCUUGAUAUUACACUAAUGCAUUUUUCUUAUUUUCAAGCUCUUUUGUUCUUCAACUCUGCACUGAUACUUACAAAACCGACCGACCUCCGUCGUAGCGAAUUAUUAUCCUUUGUUCUUUUCUUCUGCUUUUUUGUUACGUUAAAUGCAAGAUUUGUUAAUUUAUUUACAAUAUAUACACACAUUCACAUACUCAAAAAGGGAGGGUCCUCCUAAUAAUGGAUAAACUAAAAUACAAACACACAUGCAGAACGGUGAUAGGGUUCACUCAACACGUUUUGUUUCUGUCUUCGGCUACACAUUAGCAAAUUAGCCUAAUUUUUAAUUUAAUCCUUAGUUAAAUGACCUCCUAAAAUACACUCACACACACACACACACCCACGUACAGUAGGUGUGUACGAUAUUUUGUACCAUUGAUUUAUGGGGUUCACGCUACCUUCCUUUUGUUUAACGCAUUAGGUAAGCCCUCUACUUACUCUGCAAUGCACCGAUUCCCCGCAACAACAACAAAAUACUUAGUUUUGUAAAAAUAAGGGAAGUAAUAUAGCUAUUGCUUGUUUAUUCGCAAAUUAUAACAAAAAAAGAAAACCAUUAUUUAUACAACCGUGCGUGGUGUAAGGUCAGGAUUGUAAUGUUAAAACUUCCGGGCACAAGUAUAAAAUUUGCGCUUACGUUCGAGAUUAACCGUAUCAUAAAACGCCGGCCUGAAGGUAAACGUAAAGACGGGGAAAUCACGUUUCCGUUUUACGGCUUCAAAUGAACGGCCUACAACAAGCAAAGGUGUCUGUGUGUGCGUAUAUCAGCAUGUGGCGUUAUACUCCGUUCAACUCAUAUUUGUGUGGAAUUUUCAAUUUUUAUUGCGCAAUUUCGAUCGAGACAAAAAACAAAUCGCACACAGACUUAGACGAUUGGUUGCUAACCCACUCACAAGCCACUGCGCCAUCCUGCCUGUGUAACAUGAGAUUAUGAUGUUUUAAGUUGUACUGUUGGUUGUGUUUGACGCUUCAUCGGUGUAGCAUCGUCUUGCAGCAGCAAAACAUCGCAAUUAAAGAUUAGUUUUGCAACAUAAUUAGCAUAUCAAUAGGAAGGAUGAGAACGUGCGCCGGAACAGCACCGAACCGAAUCACAAACAAAAGUCAGUAAGUUUUGCUCGAAACAAAAAUGCAAGGAAAAAACAGAACAAACACUAUUGUAAACGAGCCGCGUAAAGGACCGAAGAUUGAGGGCGAUCGAGCAUAUAGCAAAGGGUAAGCGAACGCGUUGUAAAGAAAGCGAGUAGACAAAAACAAACAAAAAAAAAAAAACGUUAAGGCGCGCACCAGACGCGCUUUGAGCCUUAAAAUGUAUAGCAAUGGAAGCUGUUUUUCUUUUUGUUUCUCGGAAGGGAUGUAGAACACAUUUUGAUCAACAAACCAAAUGUAUAAAAAAGAAAACAAAAAAGGCGAACAUUUAUAUGGUCGGGCAGUAGUUAGCUUGGCGGGAAAUUCAUUUUCAAAUCAUUUCCACACACCAUUUCAGAACGCAUCUCCUAUCAACGUUAACUGGGGCUAAUCACUCCAACACACGAACCAAAAACAUCAACUACCGAGCGCAUUUGAUGCAUUUGAUUUUGAGUUAGCCAAUGGUAUCGAGCUGACAGUGUUUUUUAGGCGGGUAGUAUAACAAGUGUCCACAGAAAGUCCUUGGAAAGUGGAAAACAAAGGCUCGCCAGAUUCCAGACACAGCGGACUCGGCCUGCCGGAAGUUACGCCGGCCGUCUAAUGGCUUACUAGACUCACUGAUAAUCACGCAGUUGGCUAGUCAGUCCUUAAUACGGGGCGACGGACUCUCUGGUGGGCUUAUGGCAUGUCAUGAGAAUGACACUGGCUGACGCAAAGACUUAAAAUCUAGGGCACAACGUGAGGAUGGGCGUUGAUCCGUUUGCCGCGAUAUUAAAUCGGUAUUUAACCUAAAAAGGCGCUAGACCGUGAUGCGGUUCAGAGCCCUUUACAGGUAGCUAGACCUUUUUCAGGUCGUAUAACAAGUGUCCACACGUUUAAAACAAUGCAGGGCUGCAAAGGCUGCAAAGGAAUGCAAAGGCUCACCAGAUUUUAGACUGACCAGACCUUUCUUCUUCUUCUUCUUUUUGGCUUAACGACCUGCCAGAGGUUACGCCGGCCGUCUAAUGGCUUACUAGACUCACUGAUAAUGACGCAGUUGGCUAGUCAGUCCUUAAUACGGGGCGACGGACUCUCUGGUGGGCUUAUGGCAUGUCAUGAGAAUGACACUGGCUGACACAAAGACUUAAAAUCUAAGGCUCAACGUGAGGAUGGGCGUCGAUCCGUUCGCGGGGAUAUUAAAAAGGUAGCCAAAGGCGCUAGACCUUGAUGGGGUUCAGAGUCCUUUAUAGGUAGCUAGACCUUUUUCAGGUCGUAUAACAAGUGUCCACACGUUUAAAACAAUGUAGGGAAAAUUUCUUAGAAAAUGGAGUGCAAAGGCUCACCAGAUUUUAGACACACCGGACUCGGCCUGCCGGAGGUUACGCCGGCCGUCUAAUGGCUUACUAGACUCACUGAUAAUCACGCAGUUGGCUAGUCAGUCCUUAAUACGGGGCGCCGGACUCUCUGGUGGGCUUAUGGCAUGUCAUGAGAAUGACACGGGAUGAUACAAAGACUUUGAAAUCUAAGGCACAACGUGAGGAUAGGCGUCGAUCCGUUCACCGGGAUAUUAAAUCGGUAUGCUAAAAAGGCGCUAGACCGUGAUGGGGUUCUUCCGAGUACUUUAUUGGUAGGUCUUGCGAACUGCGAUUUCAAAACGGUGCAUUAUUUAAAACAUGUGGAAGCUUGUAUUAUUGGCCUUCGGGAAACACUGUACAUUUCACCGAUCACCACUUUUCCGUUCUACGUUUUUACAAUCGUUAGGAUGUAAGUUUAGGCCUCAGAAAAUACCUCACAAUUAUUUAAAUUCCCUCAUUUGUCUCGGGACUUUAUCCUGGGCAACGGAAUUGGGCGUUUAGGGUGGGAUAUGCGGGAUAUAUAUUAGCAUUUUACGCUCUUACCUCUUCUCACCAACACCCACAAACCUAAACGAUUCGGAGCAAUUUGUUAAAUGAAUUGUCUACAGAUAGCGCACGGUGAUGUGACGGUCCCACCAUUCUACCUACUUCUGUUACCUACCAAGUAACAGCUAGAACUGCAGAGGCGGUGCGUAAUCAGCCACUGCUUGGACAUUUUUGACGAGAAUUCGCUUGAUUUAUAAUGAGUUACAGAUACUGCACUGGUGCAGAUUGUUUUAAGACAUAACCCUUAUCUAGUCUAGUCUACCGCAUAGUUGUCAGUAUAGGAAAGAUGGCUAUGUUUUUUUUUUUAUUCUUUUGGAUAACCAUCCAAGUCGCGUUCGUCAUCAAUCAAGCGAGAAAAGGAGGAAAGAAAAAGGAAACCCAAAACCAUUAUCACACCAUACGUUGAGGAGAAAGCAACACAGGGAAUUCAGUUUUGCAGUAUCGCCUAACGUAUUUUUCAAUAGUAAAACCACACCACAUAAGAAGCUCUGGUACAGCUCGGAACAGACUUUCAACUAGCUCAGUAGUACGGAUAGCAAUAAGACUUAAUGUAUGGACGAAAGCAACAACAACAACAACAAAAAAACAUGAAUGGAAAAAACACAGGCAAGCCAAUAAUAUUUAAUAAAAAAAGAAAACAUCAACAAAAAAAAACAACAUAUAAAAUCAUAUUGAGGUAAGGUAAUUGAUAACAAAACAGAAAAAGAAGAAGAGAAAAAGAGAUUUGUUAAAACACACACACACACAAAAAUGGAAACAACCUAACAAACAAUACUAACAACAUAAACCAACGCAAUAAAAAAAAAACAUCAAAGAAACAUACACAACACAAAAGGUGAAUUAACAAAAAAAAGAGGUGAAAAGAAAAAAGAAACGAGUAGGGUAUGCAUUCUAAAACAAACAAAAAAGUUUAGAAAUAAAACAAACAAGCAAACAAAGCGUACAUGAAACAAUUUACGAUUAUAAUAAAGAUUUUCUUAAUGCA